AUGGCCGAAAAGCGCAAGCUUCCACCGCGUGAACGGCGCGAAUCCACAGCCAAAAGACGUGUCUCCGAAGCCACGCCGCAGUCUCACAAGAAAAAGGCGCCAACUCCUCGCGCUCCAUCGCCGGAACUAGUUGACGCCCCUCUACCAACAAAAGUCAAGGAUGGAGAUGGCUUGCCUAUUCUUCGCACGCGACAGCCACUUUCCUUGUCGGACAAUGAGUACCAGUCAAUCGCGGAAAGUGCAGUUCUCCUCGCUUCACUCGAACGGUCGAAGAAAAAGUGGCUGAGUGAUGGAAUCCUUGUUCGAUACUACACCAAGCCGAAGAAGACGAAGCGCGAGCAGACCGAGAAGAACAACCCAUCAAAGGAUACUAUGACAAAAAUUGGGCCCUGCGAUGUCACCAUCGGUCCCCAUUUCUUUGAUGCCAUGAUUUAUAUUGUCAAAGACCCCAGUGCACCGGCGGCACUCCAAUACGCACCCCCGCAACGACCGAUGGUUCACUACGGCCAUCCUAAUAACUUCCAACAAUACCGACCGUAUCCCACUCCAUCCAACCAACAACGACCUGCGCAAUAUUCUCCCGCUCUUCCGGGUCGCCCUGGGUAUGCAGGCAGCCAUCCUACUUCUCAACAAGCUCGUGGCCCAAAUCAAGGAAAUGCGCCCUCUCCUCAAGGAGGACAAAAGCCACCACAAGGGCAAAAGGGCCAGCCUGCCAAGCCUAGUCCAGAUCCCGUGAUUCAAAUGCUAGCUACAAGGGCAGCUGCGGACCCCGAACUAAAGGCUUUGAUGCGUGUUGUUGCCUCAAGCCAAGCAUCCCAGGAGCAGCUUCGGGCUUUCCAGGCCCACAUCGAUGAACUCAACGCAAUCAUCAAAGCAAGAGAGCAACAAGAACAACGGCAGCAAACUUCAAUACCACCACCAAUUACGCAACAGUCAACUCCUACGCCACAGGCUCAACCGCCGAAACAACAAGACAAGCCAGGAUCACUGGACCAAUCCCCACAAAAGUCGCAGACCCCAUCUAAAGGUUCAAAGCAGCCACCUGGAAAGACCGGGGCGCAGCCACAGACCCCUUCUCAAGCCCCACCAAGUCAGGGCUCUAAACCUGCCCACAGCACCACGGGGCCGAGCGCCGUCAAAGAAGAGCAAUCAGCCACAGGGCAUAAUGGCUCCCAGCCCGUGUCGUCCGAAGCAGGACGCCCAGCAGUACCGACCCAAUCAGCGACUCCUAGCGCUGCAAGCACCUCAACGCCUGCUUCUACUUCUCAGCCACAGACUCCUGUGGUAAACCCGUUACCAUCAGCCAGCGCUCAACAGCAAGCAGCCCGACCACCAUAUGCCCCUCACCAACAACCUUCUUACGGAUCACAACUUCCACUUCAGUCUCGACCACCCCAGUUCACUACUCCUAUCCCGUUCUCCCGGCCGACUCCAAUUCCCUACGUUUCCCCACUUGGAUCUGCACCCGUAAACUAUAAGUCGGUGGUGUUUGAGUUCACAUCCCCUUUGACUCCAUAUGGAAGCAGUACUUCAGGUCAUGCCGGUUCGGGUGACCGCUAUCUUUUCCCUGAGUACACCAUUUUGGAAUGGCUCCCAGCUGAGAACACGGUCAUCGCCUCGUUUUUGAUAGUCCGAAAGGUUGCUCCAAACACACCAUUCCCUCUUGAAACCCCCACAGAAGCUGGCAACUCCAAAAGCAAAGCUAAGGGGGCAUCCAAAGCUAAGAAGGGAGAAACAAAAGCCAAAACAGACAAGGGCAAAGUACCAACCGAUAGCCCAGCUCCCAGUCCCCAGCCGGCCCCGCCUACGACUGGGACGCCACAAAAGCAGGAACCGGCCGACCAAACCGGUCUUCAAACCCCUGGCCUCCCAGGGACUCCUGCCAGCGAGGUGAAUUUUAAGGAAUACUGGCAACCAGUCACUUUCCGCAUCCAUGCCCCCAAUGCCAAAAUUCUUGAGCCUCUAGCCCGCGUUGUCAAGCCAGCCGACGAGGUGCGCAAAUAUAUGAACGAUAUCAUGGACCGUGCCGAACGUGCCCCAGACGGCUACCUGGCCAUGCGUCUGCCUCGCGAGGCAGCCUUAGAGUCGUUCGAAAAGGAUGGAACACCUGCUUCUUCGAGUAAUGUCGGCUCCGGAACCCGCAGUCGUCUUUCCCGUGUUCAGCUCGCUAGUGAGUCCGAAGCGGAGAAUUCUGGGUUCGAAUUCGAAGAGGACGAAGAAGACCUCAAGGAUUUCUAUGAUGCACCGAGCGGUCUACCGCCAUUGAAGGCAUGA